AUGGCGUGUUCUAAAUACCUCUCCACAAAAGAGACAACACACUCUGCUCGUGUUUCACGAUUAUUAGUGGAUCUCUGUACUGAUCUCUUCAGAGACAUAUUGAAGAACAAUGUUACAGAAAUACAAUUCCCAUUGGUCCUUCAAAGGGAACAAAGUAUCUUAAUCCCUAUCUUAAACAAAGCACAAAGAGAAAAUCUUUUCCCUAGAUCAGGAAGUUUCAUUGGAACGUAUCAGGAAUUUGAUUUGUCUUUAUUGUAUAUAUUACUUCGUAAUGUAUCAGGAAUAAAACCUCACAAGAAGGGAUGGUCUAAAUCUCCGGAUCCUUUAGAUAGAUCCCUGUCUGCCAACAUAGACAGAAUUAGAGAAAUCAGAAAUGCAUAUUUUGGACAUGCAGCUAGGACCUUCAUUACCGAUGUACAAUUCCAUAAACUUUGGCAAAACCUUACGAUUAUUAUCAAAGAACUCGAGAAAAGUCUUCCUGGAGGAUGUACAACAUACUCAGAUGCUGCAAAUAUGAUAAAAUAUGUAACCAUGGACCCUGAACAGGAGAAGAUGUUCCUUGAUAUAAUCGAUCAAUGUCAUCACACUAUAGAGGAUCUGAAAGAUACACUGUCUAAUACUGAGAGAGAAAUCGUUUUCGAAAAUACAAAUGCUGUUCUGAUGGCUCAUAGACAAAAAGUGAUCAUACGAACAACUGGUGUACAGACCACAAUCAACAAACUUAGAGAAAGCCAUAUUGUUAUUCUGACAGGUAAAGGAGGUACGGGAAAGACCACAACAGCGUAUCAAAUCAUGUGUGAGAUGUCAGACCCUUCAUUAGAAUCACCAUAUACGCCGGUGUUGAUUAAAUAUCCAAAUCAAUGGGAUAAAAUAAUUAACUCUUCUUAUCGGUAUAUUGUUUAUUUAGAUGAUAUUUUUGGUUUAACAAAUCUUGAUACUGGCGCGGUUGAAAAAUGGCAAUAUCUACUUGAUAUGAUAUUUUCAUGUGCUAAAGUUGGAAAUAUUAGAGUAUUGAUUGGACUCAGAAAGAACAUAUUGGAUGAAGUAAGGAUAUGUUGCGCACAUGCCAUUCUUCAAGAUGAAAAUAUUGUGGAUAUAUCUUCAGUAGAAAAUUUUACAAUGAAGGAUAAAGCAGAUAUGCUAGACGCGUAUGAGAAGAGUUGCAGUUUUAAAGUCUCAGAGCAAUCUGGUGACCUGUUUUCUGACUAUACUAAAAAGAACGGGUUCAAUGCUUUUUAUAAAUUCUCAGAAUAUCAAAAGAUGGUUAUGCUUAAUGCCAAUCCGUACUAUGGAUUCCCGUUAACAUGCUUUCAGUUUUUCUCAAGACGAGAUUUUUUUCAGCUCGGUCCGUCUUAUUUUCAUCACCCUGAUGAACGUUUGUUCCAAGUAAUAGAAGAUAUGCGACGUUCCAAAUGUGGGAAAAGGCUGGAAAAGGUCAAAUAUUGCGUAUUAUGCUAUGUAUUUAUUAAUGGGAUGAUUGAUACAAUUAAUAUUUCUGAGACUAUGUUAAAAAAUAUCUGUAAAAAAUUAAUGAUCGUUGAUACAUUUCUAAUAGAUAUCAAAGACGCACUGAAUGACUUAAAUGGAUUGUUUUUGUCACAUGUCACAAAUCAUCGUUAUGCAUUUUCACAUGAAAGUAUUCUUGAGACCGUUAUGGUUUCAUUUGGACAAAUAGCCCCUGAAAUCGUGAUAAAACACUGCAGUAGAAGAAAAUUACGUGAACUGAUUCGCACACAGAACUAUAAACCUAGACUUGGCGAAGUUGUUCUAAAGAUUUCAAGACAUUAUUAUGAAGAACUAGCACAGAGACUUUUACGUGGUGAUAAUGGUGACAGUGAAGAAGUAAAAAAUAUAUCACUGGUAGCUUUUAAUAUCAUUCAAUAUCCUGGAUGUAAUGACUCCGAGUUUGUGUCUGUUUUCUGUAAUCGUAAAAUGUCUGACCGAUUAUCUUUACUGUUCCAUUGCGUUUUUGAAGAUGUCAUCUUGUAUUCAUUCUUCAAAAACACAGUUCUGUUGCAGGAGCUUCUAGAACGUUACGGACCUCAUCAUAAUUCUCCAACUUCGCAUAUGAAAGAACCGAAUUUUCAAAUAUCUGUUCAACAGAUUGAAAAUGUGCUAAAGGAUGUUUUUGUGCAUUAUGAUAAACUAGCAUUAAGUAUUAUAUUAACGUAUAUUUGCCGUUACCGAAAUCACCCUUGUGUAACAUAUGUACCCUGCUUGCGUGGACUGCUUCAUAUGAAAAUACACGGAAGUCUUACUGUUCUUCAUCACUGUACUAUUCAUGGUUGGGCGGAUUUGGUAGAAGUCAUUCUUCAGAUGCACAAACCAACAAAGACAAACCACAAUUGGUCAGUUCUACACCUAGCUGCGUAUGCUGGAAGACCGCUGUUGUUAAAAAGGUUUAUAGAUCUUGGAGUGGAUAUGACAGAGAGAACAUCAGAAGGGUUUUCUGUGCUCCAAGCAGCUCUUUUAGGUGUCCGAUACGGUAAUCAAGAUAUUAGUUUUCCCUCACACACGGCAAAUUAUGUUUCAUUUUCAAAUGAGUUUGCAAUAAUCAGUUUGUCUUUCCCAGAGAGUAAAGAAUUUGAAACCUCUAUUAACAUGUUACUGACAAAACCUGCAGAGGAUAUAAGAUCUGAUCUAUCUAUGAUUGUGGAUGAGUUUAAAAACAACAUCGUGCACUAUCUUGUGAUGCAUAACUACAGUGAUAUUCUAGAUUGCCUUCUUAAGUAUGGCAAGGAAUUUCUCUCCCAUCGCAAUAGCAGUGCUCUUCCCACAGCACUGCAUACCGGUGUGUAUCUAGGAAGACGUGAGAUAGUGGAAAAAUUGUGGAAACUGGGAUUACAUCCUCAGGACAGUGAACUCUCUCUCAAGGAGACUCUUCGUAAUGGUGAAAAGUUUUGCAACAAACAGAUAUUCUAUAGCAAAUUGAAAAACAAAAAAUGCUGGAAUGAUGGGGACAGAGAGGUGCUUGAUGUAAAACUAAAAGCAAUAGAGCAAAUAAAAAUUGCGUUCGGAGAUGCUAAUGAGUUUCAAGGUGUUCGAGAUUUCUUCUUAAAAGAGAAAUUAUUUUGAAGUAAAGAUAAAAGGUGACCUUAAACUGACAAUUUAUAUAAAUUAUAAUA